GUUAACCAAUGAAGGGGAUGGAGGACUUCGGGAAGCCAUAGUCAGCGCCAGAGCCAGGAUGGGAGCUAAAACACACCGCCGCUGGCCGCAAGUGAGCGGGCGCACAGACACCUGCUGGGAGGCUGUCCCUUCACCAGGAGUGACGAGAGAGGCCCGGGAGCUGCGGACGCGGAGGCGGACGGAGCCGGAGCCGCAGACGCCGCGGGGUCUCCGGGACAGGAACCUCCAGUGCUACAUUUGUUUUCUGGGAGGGAGAUCACAGCCAGUGAUGGCCACCACACUAGAUUUGAAAUCAAAGGAGGACAAGGACGCUGAGUUGGACAAGAGGAUCGAGGCUCUUCGUCGGAAGAAUGAGGCCCUUAUCCGGCGCUACCAGGAGAUUGAGGAGGACCGGAAGAAAGCUGAACUGGAGGGGGUUGCAGUGACAGCCCCCCGGAAGAGCCGUUCCAUGGAGAAGGAGACUGUGGCAGUGGAGGAGAAGAGCCUCGGUCCCUCUCGGAGGACUGCUGGGACCUCCCGGCCCCCAGGGACCAGCAGGGGGGGCCGGACCCACCCCCAGCAGGGAGGCCGGGCAGGCAUAGGCCGGACAUCCCGAGGCCAGGAGGAUGGUGCCGGGGAGCAGCUUCGAGGGGGAACUGGGGGCCGGGGCCGGAGGGGCCGGGGCCAGGGAUCCCCUCAUCUCUUAGGGGCAGGAGACAACUCAACUUCUUAUCGCAAGUCCAAGGAGUGGGAGGAGCGGCGGAGACAGAACAUCGAGAAGAUGAAUGAGGAGAUGGAGAAGAUCGCAGAGUAUGAGCGCAACCAGCGGGAAGGGGUGCUGGAGCCCAACCCAGUGCGAAACUUCCUGGAUGACCCCCGACGCCGGAGCGGACCCCUGGAGGAGCCUGAGAGGGACCGCAGGGAGGGCAGCCGCCGGCAUGGUCGCAACUGGGGAGGUUCCGACUUUGAGCGGGUGCGUUCUGGUUUGGAACAUGAACGCCAGGGCCGCAGGGCUGGCCUGGGCAGUGGGGGCGACAUGACCAUAUCCAUGACGGGCCGGGAGCGGUCAGAGUACCUGCGCUGGAAGCAGGAGAGGGAGAAGAUCGACCAAGAGCGCCUGCAGAGACACCGCAAGCCCACCGGCCAGUGGCGGCGGGAGUGGGAUGCCGAGAAGACCGACGGCAUGUUCAAGGAUGGCCCAGCUUCUACCCAGGAACUGUCCCACCGUUACAAUGACCAAGCUUGGGCCAGGCCCCCUAAGCCCCCCACUUUUGGAGAGUUCCUCUCUGAGCACAAAGCAGAAAUCAACAGUCGCAGGAGGAGAAAGAACAGCCGACCCCAGGCCAAGGUGGCCCCUCAUGCCUAUAGUGACCAUGAUAAUCGCUGGGAGACAAAAGAGGAAGCUUCAUCCUCAGCCCCUGAGUCCUCUCAGUCCAUAUCGUUGGAGGAGACAGCCUCGAAGCUUCCUGAGACCCCAGCCCCAGUCCAUCGGCCUCCUGAGGAGGAUGGGGAGGAAGAUGAGGGGGAGAAGGAGGAGGGAGAAGAAGAGGGGGAAGAUGAGGAGGAGGAUGACGAAUGGGAGGAUGUGAGUGAAGAUGUCACUGAGGAGGAAGAGGAGUCUGAGGAGGAAGAGGGUCCCAAGGACCAGGAAGCAGCAGCUGUUCCUGAUCACCAGUCUGAGGCUGAGCCUGAGGAGAAGCCUACUUGUGAGCAGGCGGACCCUGUGCCUGCCAGGCCCCAGGAGUCGCUGUCCCCAGCCCCUGUUGAACCUCCCAGCCCCUUCUCACCCUCUGGGGACCAUCAGCCUGUGUCCGACUGGGGAGGUGACCAGCCAGUCCUUGCCUCCUUGGAGAGUGGGCCCAGCUUGGCAGAAACCCCGAAGUCUGAAGAAGAGGGGCCCGAGGCAUCUCCAGUCUCCUCAGAGGUGGGCCCCGAGAGCCAGGAGACGGCGGAGAUCACAGACUUCCAGAGGGUGCGUUUCUGCAAGGUGGUGGCGGCCGCUCCGCCGCCGGGGGCUGCCCGCUGACAGCGCCAGCUGACCGACCGGGGCCUUGCGCUCUACACUAACCUUCAGCCGCCUCGCUCUUCUGCUUCUGUCACACUCUGGCCAGGACAGGGUUACACGUAGUGGGGGAGGGGACAGAUUAGCGACAGGCUCAGGGGAGUCUUCUAAAUUCCCAGAAGACUGGUCUAGGAAACCCCAAGAGGGCUGUAGCGGUCUGCCUGAGGCCUCUGAGGCAGGCCCUGCAAGGCCCGGCUGUGCAGGAGCCUGCCCAAGGCUCUCUCGAGGACUUGAAUUAAACGCGUGUUCCCGCCAA